GCUCUCCGCUCUCUCAUUCGGCGUUUUUCUGUGUGACUGUGUGGACGGACGAUCCAAAAAUCCAGCGACCAGCGACUUCUAGCAAAGCUACUAAGAACAAGCGGCAGUCUGCACAAAUUUAUAAAAUUUGCCAGUUUGUUUAUAACUCCGUGAUCUACUGCGAACCGUGAUUUGCACACACCGGACCUCGAAUUUUAACGUGUCUUCGCGCUUCGUUUGAAAGUAAAACCAACAGUAAAUCAAAAUGGCUGAUGUGGCUGAGCAAAAGAACGAGACCCCCGUUGUGGAGAAAGUCGUCGCUGAGGAAGUCGAUGCUGUGAAGAAGGAUUCCGUUGCCGCUGCGGAUGCAGCAGCCGAGAAGCCAACCACCACAGAGAACGGUGCCGCUGAAGAGGACAGCAGCGCAGCCAAGGAGAACGGAGCUGACAGCGCACCCGCCGAAGCCGCCGCUGCCGAUUCUGUCGAUGGUGAGAAGGCGGUCGAUGCUACCGCUCCCGCCAAGGAAGAGGAAGGAGAGAAGAAGGAGGAGGCCGCCACUGGCGAGGAGGCGAAGAAGGACAGCAGCGAGGCUGCUGCCGCUGUCGAAAACGGCUCCGAGGAGGCCACCAACGGUGACUCAACAGACGCCCCUGCCGCUGAAGCUGUGAAGCGGAAGGUGGAUGAGACCACCGCAAAAGCCGACGAGGCAGUUGCUACGCCGGAGAAGAAGGCAAAGCUUGACGAGGCCAGCACAAAGGAUGAGGUGCAGAACGGGGCCGAGGCCAGCGAAGUGGCUGCCUAAGGGAAUCGCGGAAACCGGCUCUCUACAAGCAGCAGCACACAGUACUCUACAUAUAAAAUACUUACUAACACACGAAAAAACCAACAAAACAAAUCACACAAAAUAAUGGUUAAGCCCGCCGCCACCAGCAGCACAUACGUUCCGCUCACCGGCCGUACGGGUGGGGGUGUGCACGUUAGUGACUGUGUAGGUGCAAAGGCGGGAGCAAUUCUUUAAUAACAAUCCUGCAUUGGGAGCGUAGUCUUAAAGUGUACCCAGAUUCUCUGUCUCUACUAACAAAAAUCAACCAACAAACAAAAAGAAGAAACAAAAUCCAUUAUCAUUUAAAAAACCUUACUUAAAUCUUAACUUUAAAGAAAGUAUAUAUAAAAAGCAAAAUAUUAAGAGAAAGAAAAGAUCAAGCAAAAGUAAGAUGGAACCCUCUAUGUUUUAAGAUUAAAAGUUGUAAACAAAAAUCGUCAAAUUUAAUAAUUCUAAUAAAUACGAAGCGAAAGAGAAAAAUUUCAAACAAAAAGGCCCUAAAUAAGCAAAAAACAAUAAGAAAGAAAAUGAAACCAUAUGCAUUUUUUCUCCAGUUUAAUUUUUUAGAAUACUAUUUAAUUUUUACAACUUUAUGAUCCUAUAUUGUAUAUGACUAUAUAUAUAAAUAUAUAUAUAUAUAUAUAUAUUUAUGUAUAUGUAUAAAUAUAUUUCAAACGAGAAACUGCAAAAUCAGCUAAUUUAACAAAAAAGCUGCCAGUAGUAACAUCCCAGAAAGACUUCUGCUAGUCUGUAGAAGUUAAAUACGUCGUACCCCAGAAACAAUAAAACAAAACAAAGCUGAAAAAGAAAUCAAAUUUAUAUCAUGUAUGAAAAUUUCAAUAUUAUGUAAUAUCCACAGGAAACUAUAACUAUAAUAAAAAGUUAUGUUGGAAAAGCA